UGUUCAUUCAAUAAUAUCAAUUAAUACAACCAACCAAUCGCCGAAAUGUCUCUUAAUUCUGUUCUUUUGACCGGUGGCACAGGCAGCCUCGGCGCAAGCAUCCUCUCGCAGCUGCUCUCGAAGGGCCACAGCGUGACUGCGGUCGUGCGAUCCCUCAAGAAGUCCGCGCCUUUCCUCACCCGACAGUAUGCCUCUCAAGUCGAUUCCGGGAAGCUCAAGCUUGUCGAGGUUCCUGACAUGACGGUCCCACACGCAUUUGACGAGCUUGUAAAGACCGUCGAUGCCAUAAUCCAUGUGGCUACCCCUCUGUCAGACAGCGACUUUCAGAGGACACUUAUUGAUGCGACCUUAGCCAUCAACGAGAAUAUAUUCGCAGCAUCUCUGAAAGCUCCCUCUGUCAAGCGCAUUGUCAUCACUGGCAGCAUUGUGUCUACGAUGGCCCUUCCUGAUGUUCUGUUCCGACCCAUCACUGUGAGCGCGGACGACUAUUCCACUAUUACUAACGAGCAGGGCCUAUCAAGUCUCCCAGCCGCAUAUCAAUACGCCAAAACUUCAUCCGAGAAGAAGGCCUGGGAGUUCAUGAAGACGGCAAAGCCAUCCUUUGAUCUUGUCGUCCUGCUAGCCCCUGCUAUUACUGGAAAAUGCAUCCAGGAAGGAUUCGUGCCAUCCAAAACGGCCCUCGGAGGCAUGGCCGAAAUCUACCAGAAUGUCUUUGACGUCGAGACUCCGGGACUUGUCUUCCCUUUCGUUAUGGAUGUCGAGGAUGUUGCUUCUAUCCAUGUUAAGAGUCUGGACUUGAAAGUCGCAGGGAAUGAGAGAUACCUCUUCCAUUCCGGUCAUCCUCAGAACUCGUCAGAAAUCGCGAAAAAGAUUCGCGAGGAGUAUCCCCAGUUAAGAAACCGUGUCCCCGAAGUCCUCGACGAAAGUGCGGAGUCUCCUGUCAAGGUGAAGGUAGACACUUCCAAGUCCGACAAGGUGUUUGGCGGGCCGUGGAAGGAUUGGUGGGAGUCUGCAAAGGACACAGUUGACGACAUUAUCAAGUUUGAGAAAUAGACUGUCAGCUUGUAAUUUACCAAACUAAAG